AUGGCAUCUCCUACGGUGGCUGUAGUCGGCCUUGGCGCCUUGGGUCUUGUGGCUCUGAAGAAUCUUCGGGAAGAAGGCUUCGAGGCCGUGGGAUUGGACAGAAAUGACUACGUUGGGGGGCUGUGGCAUUUUGACGAAGGAGAGAAGCUCACUGUUAUGAGAUCUACUCUCUCGAAUGGAUCCAAGCAACGAGGCUGCUUUACCGACUUUCCCUUCCCCGAGGGCUCUCCGGACUACAUCCCUGCCGCUGGCAUCGACAAGUACCUGCAAGAUUAUGCCAAGCAUUUUUGUCUCAUGGAACACACUCGGUUACGUACCAGCUUCCACGGUGCCACAUUUGUCGAGAAGACACAGCAAUGGCGCUUGUCUUUGUCUACUCCCGAAGAGCCGGAGCCUCAUUUUGAAUACUUUGACAAGGUUGUCUUUGCUAUGGGUGCUGAUCAGAAACCAUCGAGGCCUAAGAUCGAGGGGAUGGAAAUAUUCAAGGGCUUUGUUGAGCACUCAAUGACGUUCAAAAAUCCAGAGGUCCUUGCCGGCAAAAGAGUCAUGGUUCUUGGAUUUGGCAACACUGCAGCCGACAUGGCGACGGAGUUGGCGCCGCUUGCCAGUCAAGUGUAUCUUUCGCAUCGACAUGGUGCUGUUAUUGUGCCUCGUUGGGUUAAAGGCAAGCCAGUCGACCACGUGCGAACGUAUCGAAAGUACGUCAUCUUGAACUUGAUGAAUCGAUACACCCCGGGACUUUGGGAGAAGACGAUGAACAGCGUCAUCUCAAAGCUAGAACACGAGAUCUUUGAUCUCAAGCCGGAAUGGGGUUUCGAUCCUGCCCCUUCUAUUACCAACCAGCGGCCACUAGUGAAUGAUGAGCUGAUCCCCUGUCUUGAAAAUGGGUCCAUCAUCAGCACCCCAGGCAUCGCCCGAGUCAUCGACGACAAGACAGUCGAGACGACUGACGGGAAACGGUACGAGGUCGAUGCAAUUCUGCUGUGCACCGGCUUUACGGUGGACUACUCAGUUGUGGGCCCCCACGCAGAUCCAUGCCGUGCGACGACGACGGACUGGGAAAAGUCGGACGGAUACACCGGACGCCCACUCCCAAGAUUGUACCAAAACAUCUUCAGUCUGGAUCACCCGCGCAGUCUGGCUUUCAUCGGCCACUUGUCCUUCAUGAACCCUGCGUUCUUCAUGUUUGACCUGGCUACCAUGGCUGUAGCACAGCUAUGGAAAGGUGCUUCGGCAUUCCCGUCUGCUGCUGAGAUGGAGAAACAAGUCAAUGAUCAGCACGCAUGGGUCCUCGAGCUUUCGAAGAAGGGCCCUGUCACACCUUCCAUCGUCAAGGCGUCCGAGUGGAUGGAAUGGGUGGACAAGGUCAUUGGCACCGGCCUUCCCGAACAUCUCGGCUACAACCUCAACGGAUGGUCCUUCUGGAUUCGGGACCGCCAGUUCUGCAACAUGCUGAUGGAUGGGUUGCUCAGUCCUCAUGCGUAUCGCUUGUUCCCUGGAAAAAGAAAAGCCUGGCCGGGCGCGCGUGAGGCCAUUAUCGCCAUGAAUGUCGAUCGUGAAGCCAGGUUUGGGCCGAUGGAUUAA